AUGCAAUGUAGUCUAUGGUUUCAGUGGUGGUUGCUAUGGUUUCUAUUUCGUAUACGUCCUUUUUCUUUGAGACAACGAUUAUUCGGUCACGAGACUUAUUUGUUCCAACUAUUUCCACUUUUCUCUUGUCCAUGUCUGUUAUGUACGCCAACGUGCGAAAAUCAGAGGCAAUCGACACCGGAUCUGCGAAUUCCACGAGUUCGUCUCUUCUUUUCCAAAGACGCAUUAUUUGUUAGAAAACACAGCAACUAUUUAUGUCUGGGCAAUUAUUUUUACAUGGCCAAGAAAGACAAAGGCAAAGACGUAAUUAAGCCAAAAGAAGCAAAGAAAAUGGUGGAAGAGCAAAUGUUUGGAAUGAAGAACAAAGGAAAAAGUGCAAAGUUAAAGAAGAUGGCCUCCUCUCUUGAGGCAUCAUAUUUGAAGGGGAAACCGCAGAAAGUGGAGAAGAAAGUGGAAGAGCCGGUGUAUGAAGCAUACGAAAUAUUGCAGAAAGUUCCUGUUGGUGUGGACCCGAGUACUAUUCUCUGUGUAAACUUUAAAGCAAACAAAACGUGUUCAAAGGGAAGCUCGUGUAAAUUUAGUCAUGAUCUGACAAAGCGAACAACUGCUCCUCCAGCAGUUAAAGAAAUGAACAAAGACGUAAAUGCAGAUGGGGUAGAGAAACCUGUAUGUAAGUACUAUAUAGAUGCACUCAAGUCCGGGAAGCAUAACCCGAAGUGGGUAUGCCCGAAUGGAAACAACUGUUCAGGAAAGCAUUCACCACCAGAGGGGUACAUUCUUAAGGAGGAUGCUGCCGAACUAAACGUAAUAACACAGGAUGAAAUGCUUGAAGAAAAAAGAGCAAAUCUACCAAAGGACCAGACUAAAAUGACAGAAGAGAAGUAUAGAGAGUGGAAAGUAAAGAGGGAGCAGAACAAGAUCAAUCUGAAGAAGGAAGAAGACAAGAUAAAGGAAGGAAAUCUCAGACUUGGAAAGAUUCUUCCCUCUGGUAAGGACUUAUUCGUAUACAACCCGAAGAUAUUUGUUGAUGAUGAUGAAGCACUAGAUUAUGACUACAACGCAAGAGAAGAAAAACUAGAAAGUGAUGAGGAGGAAGAGCUGGCAGAAAAGUUAACCGAAACAUUAAAUAUAACCAGCUAAUAAAUAAAGCAUAAUUACACU